AUGGAACCAACAAAACUUAGCCAUGACCAAGAAUGGGUCAUCCAAAUAAGCCGAGCCCUAGAAGAAGGCUUCGAAGACAACGACGAAGCCGUUCCCAUUAGCAUCUUCAACGUGCCCAAAACUCUAAUGUCUAUGAAACCAGAAACAUACGCUCCACAGCUCGUAGCCCUUGGUCCAUACCAUCACCAGCGGCUUGAACUAUUGGAGAUGGAGCACUACAAGCUCGCUUCAGCUAAAAGAGUGCAGAAUAACAUCAAACAAAUCAAAUUUCGAGAUUUGGUUAACAGCAUUGCGGAAAGUGAUAGCAUUAUCCGCGCUUGCCACCUCCGGUUCUUGGAGUUCGAUCGUGAAAAACUCGCAUGGAUGUUUGCCAUCGACGCUUCCUUUUUGUUGGAGUGUCUCCAUACCUACGCUUCCAAAACGGAACGCUCGCUUAUGCGAAUCUCUCCUAAGAUGGCCCAUUUGAUAGACCACAAGAGGAAAAAAACCGCACAUCAUGCCAUACUCAGAGAUAUUAUCAUGCUAGAAAACCAAAUCCCUCUCUUUUUGCUUAGAGAAGUCCACGGCUUUUAUCAGCAUGAAGAUCAUUUAGCUUCCAUGCUGCUGGGUUUUUGCAAAGAUCUAUCACCCAUCAAGUGCGUAAAUAGUCAACAUUUCCGGGAAGAAUGUUUUGAGAGAGCCCAUCUGCUGGAGCUUCUCUACUAUAUGGUUACGCCAAAAUUGCUACUUGUAGCUGAUUGUGAGCAGGAGAAGUCAGAAGAUUUCGAAGAGAAUAUCGGCUGGUUUAAAAAGGCCUUGAAAUCAAUAUUGACAGCGGUAUUUUACAUUAACUUGGCCCCGCUCCGCCUAAUCAAUAAAAUAUGCAAGUCGAAAUCAGUCAAAAUUUUACUUGCACUACCAUUUACAAUCCUCUCGUAUAUUUUGAAUCUCGGAAACAAGGGUACCGUCGAUAUAAACAGUCUAAUAUCGUCCGCGGGAAGCAUGGCCGACGAGGUGGAAAGCGCAUCUCAUGAGAUGAAAGACGAAAGUCCUUUAGCCGAAGAGAUUGCAAUCCCAAGCGUGUCAGACCUUCAAAAAAUCGGUGUCAAAUUUCGCCCAGCGAAGGGUGGCUUGGGAACCGUAAACUUCGAAAAAUCUUCUGGUAAAUUUUACCUUCCGGUUAUUCACUUGGAUGAUAAUUCCGAGGUUGUGCUAAGGAACCUCGUGGCCUAUGAGGCAUGUAUUGCACCGGAGGUGAUGGUUCUUACACGUUACACUGAGUUGAUGAAUGGAAUAAUCGAUUCCGAGGAGGACGUGAGGAUUCUUCGAGAGGCAGGGAUCAUCGUGAACCGCCUCAAAAGUGACGUGGAAGUGACAACUCUUUGGAAUGGGAUGACCAAGUCUCUGAGUUUAACGAAAGUUCCAAUUCUUGACAAGGCCAUUGAGGGUGCAAAUACUCAUUAUUCCAGGAGUUGGAAGGUGAAGAUGAAUGUGACCAUGAAGAAGUAUGUCUUUGCUUCUUGGCCAUUUCUUACCUUCUUGGCCGCUAAUAUUCUGAUGUUGCUGUCUAUCGUGCAGACAGCAUGUUCUAUGUACGAUUGCUCCAAAUUGGCGGCUAACAUGUACAAUAAAUAA